AUGAAUGAUUCACACUCCUCAGCGCAUAUCCCGUCUGGUUUUGUGAUCAAAGAUUUCUCUACCCUGCCGCCAAAGACCCGCUCAACAGUCGCAGACAAAGUGGCCAAACUUGAGAGAAAAGUCUUCCCAGCAAUCGAGCACUUCAACUACGACGUGGAACUUAAGAAAAAGAACACUGGACUACUCUUAGUCUUCAAAGAAGAUGACACUGAUAAACUUAUUGCAUAUCUCGUCUAUCAACGGAUGAAGAGAUUAGCGUGGCUGCAUAAACUUUGUGUGAUCGAGCAAGAAAGAGGAAGAGGCAUCGGAAAGGCCUUGAUUGACUACCUUCGCCGUCAAAUGGGAAAAGGAGGCUGCAACAAGAUCUUCUUAUGGGUGGACGAGAGUCGCGGGCAUGCCAGAGCGUUGUAUGAGUUGUGCGGCUUCCAACAGUCUGAAUGCCGUCCUGAUUACUACGGUCCUGGGCGGACAGCACUCAAGCUUGAACUGGAGCUCGGAGACUGA